AUGGCAAACGCAGAAAUCGAAGACGUGUUCCUCGACUUCACGUUUCCCGUUGAUCCGGCUCCAGGGAAUUAUUUCGCCAGAUUUGUAAAGCCCAUUGAAGCCAUUCUUGCAGCGGUCACAUCAGCCAGCUGGACCGUGUUAUGUCAAGAAACGCAGACUACCCUGGACUUUGGCAGUGCCCUUUUUACGGCUGCCAAAUGCACCUGUUUGGCGUCAUUUUAUUUCGACGCAGGUCUGGCGACGUUUAGUAUACAGCAGAAGAAGUCCACGUCUCUGUUCGAUUCACAGACGAGCAGAAAACUUGUAGAGCUAUUGGAAGCUCGGAUGAAAUUUGUUUUGAUUCGUCGCUUAGUUUCAUUCUGUUUGCUUGUCAUCUCGCGGUCACUAAAGUCUUGUUUUAGAGAGAUUCGCAUGCCACGGAUAUCCAGAGUACCGCAGCUGUUCCUCACAAGCGAUCAACGACUGUGUGUGUACAACUUUGAUAAAGUAGUGUAUGAGGGCAAUAGUCAGUACCAAAAUAUCAAGGUACUGCAUUCGUUGGAAUUCGGAAACGUACUGUUGCUGGAUGAUCUCGUCAAUCUGGCUGAAACUGAUCUCGUUUAUACACACCAAAUAAUGUGGAAGGACGUCAUCUCGUACGCCAACAAGGACGUUCUGAUACUUGGCGGCGGAGACGGCGGUAUUCUGAACCAAGUCUUAAAAGAAAUGCCACACUACGUUCGGAUGGUCGAUAUAGACAGCGUUGUCAUAGAAGUGUGCCGAAAAUUCCUGAGAGGUGCCUGCGGUAGCUGUCUUGAUUUACCUAAAGGUGAUAACUACGAGGUAGGGAUGUUAUGUUCGCUUCGGUGGACUCACAUUUUAAAGAUUGCGGACACGAAUCCCUUUGAACUGCCCGCCUCUCAGCAUUCCCAGGUCGAUGAAGAAAUAUGGAACUGUUUCGCCGAACUCAGUGAUCUCAUCAAGGCUCAGACGAAGUUCGAUGUCGUCUUCAGCGAUCUGACCGAUACGCCGUUGACCGAUGCCGAUGAAGAGAAGCAAAAGAAUUUUUUGCUAUUGAUCAAUAAAGCACUUGAAAUGGGAUUCCAGGUGCUGAAACCUGGCGGAUUUUUUCUCACUCAUGUAAGUUUGCUUUGACA